GACGUCUCUAACUCUAUCAACUCAUCAAGUACACCCAGUCGUGGCUAUCAGCACAUUAAUCUAGCCGAAGGGUGGCACAUACAAUUACUCCUAAGUUGCUCCGUACUGCUCAAGCCCAUGGAGGCACCCAGUACCACCCACACCACAUAUGGCCGGCAUGGAACUUAAGGUACUUUUAGUCAGUGACUACCUAGCAUAGUUCCUUAGGUACUCCAUACUCCCCAGUACAGCCGGUACUGCGCUCCGCCCCAGCAGCCAACAGCCAACGACACUCACAUUACAUCCGACAACCAUUUCCUCGUGAUAACAACUCACCAACCUCCACUCUCACAACCCCGUCCACCUCACUUCCUCCCUACCGUCUCUCCUAGACAGUCUGUCUAGUUGUCUCACUGCGACAGCAAUUGCCUACCCUUCUGUCAUCUUCCACCUUCUUGACCAUGGUCAUACGAAUGGCCUGGCUGACCAACACUGAGCCUUGAGAAGCGUCCUCCGUCACGACUACAUCCUCCUCUUGUACGGCAGGAAUCAUUCUGUCGAUCUCUUCUAACGUUCUAUUUGCUCUGCAGUCGCCUUCCGAUCAAAUCCACCAGCCCAAAUCCCCUCUUCGCUUCUUUAGACGACACCGACCAUGACCGAUGGCUCCGGCCCAUCUGGCGGUGGUAGAUCCUCAUCAUUCGGUGGUAACGUCCCUCGACGACUCUCAUAUGCCUCAGUAGCGUCCGGCGCACACCCACAUCAAUUCCAUCUCCCGCCUGGCCGUUCAGGUGUCCUUGCUCAUCUUGUCAGCUCCUCCGCAACCAACUCGUCCCUCCCUUCUUAUCAAACCAUCGAUCCCCGCCCUCGACGACCCUCUGGCAACGAUUCCGACCCGUUGCUUGCUACCAGUCUCCACAAGCCUACCUCACUACCUGCAUAUUCCAGGAAGUUUGCAAAUAUCCCCAGCCCAUCAUCUGGCAACAUGCCUUCCAACUCGUUUUUCAUCCCCUCAUAUCUGCGCCACUCCCGUUAUGUCGCCCGCCUAGAAUCCGCACACAAGGCCAGACUGAAGAGAGAACGAGAACUACCUUCGGCGAGCACUUCUGCGAUCGGUUCGCUCUCCACCAGUGCUGGUAAUACCAAUGUGCAUCGCAUGGCUCCGUCACAUCGGGGGAUGACCUACGAUAUCAUCGAGAGUAAUCCGCCAAAGGACGAAGAUGAAUUACUCCCUCUACCUUCCAGAUGGAACGAACAGGACAAGUACCCAGGCUUGGAUAUCGAUCACCGUGGUAUGACAUUGAAGUAUAACGGAUCUGCGAGCAAGGCCGACAUCGAAGCAGCUUCAGUGCGCGCCGACUUCCCCAUGUCGCCUGCGUGCGGCAUUUACUAUUUCGAGGUCUUACUGGGUUACAAAACUAAGGAUUGUGCGGUUGCAGUGGGCUUCUCUACCGCAGAAGCAUCGCUUGAGCGACUUCCAGGGUGGGAGUCCUCCUCCUGGGGCUAUCAUGGCGAUGAUGGGAAAAUGUUCUUUGGCGAGCAAUCGGGACGAACCUAUGGCCCGACAUUUGGCCACAAUGAUGUCGUUGGCUGUGGGAUCAAUUUCAAUACAGGUCAGGCCUUUUUUACCCUGAAUGGCCAAGACCUUGGGAUCUGUUUUCGAGAUCUCAAGAAAGAUGUCCGAUAUUAUCCCACAGUGGGUAUGAAGAAGAAUUCGGGCUCCUCGGUGACGGCCAAUUUUGGUCGACAGCGUCAUGUUUUUGACAUUGACGAAAGGAUGGACACAGAGAGAGAGACUGUAAUGCGUGAGGUUUCAAAGGCCAAGACGUCGCAACUCCGACCUCCUCGAGACGAAAGCAGUCUGAUCCAAGAGCUCGUCGCUCAGUUUCUGGCCCAUGAUGGCUACGUAGAGACGGCAAAAGCUUUUGCCGAAGAAAUCCGACGAGAAAAAGGUUUUCUUGACAACGCUCUACCAUUGACUGCCCCAACGGUACCCGAAACGGACGACACUGAUGCCGUUUAUCGUCAGAAAAUUCGACGAGCCAUCCUGUCAGGUGAUAUCAACCAGGCACUCGAAGUCACGCAGACAAAUUUCCCCAGUGUUUUAGUCGACAACCCAGAUAUUGUGUUUCGAUUGAAAUGCCGAAAGUGGGUUGAGAUGAUCAGUAAGACGACUGAGAUCAACCAGGGCGCCGAAGCGGGAGAUGGACAUACUGCAAGCAACGGGCACGGAAAAGCGACAGCAGCAGCCGCAGACGAUGAAUUCGUUCAAGACAUGGAGCUUGACGAGCAUGGUGGAGGAUCACAGACCAAUGGCAGUGCUACAAAGACCGAGGCCGAGCCCGAGAACUUUGUCGAAUACGACCAGCUCAUUACCGAAGCCAUGCUUUAUGGCCAAGAAUUGCAGCGCGAGUAUCGCGAUGAGGACGGCGAAUAUGCACGAACUCUGCAAGAGAUCUUUAGCCUGGUGGCGUACAACGACCCCAAAGGAAGUGUCCACGGACACCUUUUGGAUCCAGUUGGUCGCACCAUUGUGGCCGAGGAACUGAAUUCUGCGAUUCUAGUGUCAUUAGGACGAUCUCCAUCUGCUGCUUUGGAGAAUGCAUGGAAACAAGCCGAGGUCUUGAUUGAUGGGUUGAGUCAAGAUGGCGGUCCAGCUGCCUUUAUCAAUUUACAACCCAACCCAAACUAAGUCAGCAGAUCAAAUCUGUGGCUUGUGGUGUCGUUUUCUAACAGAGGUGAUGGUGAUGGAUCUGGCCCAUGGCCUGGCCUUUAUCGAUAUUGGAUGCAUAAGCCUGGAUCACCAAGACGGAUGGUGAGAUGAUGGAUCAAUAUCGUCAUGGAUGACUGACUGCAUGAACCAGUCGUAUAGCAAUAGUAAUGGCGGACUGAUGUGAUAUACUAUACUCUGUUCAUGGUGUGCAUGUAAGUAAACAAGCUGCAUAGUCGAAUGGGCCAGGUUGGAGAGGGGUGGUCUCUCACUCUGGUCCUUUCACCCGCGGGGAAUUUGGACGGUACAGUUUGGUGAAUUUGGGUCUUGGAGAUGAGAACGACUUGACUCAAGACCCGAGUUCAUGGCCAAGUCAGGCACGACGACUGACAAGGUGGAGGUCUGGAAGGAAUCACAACUGGAAGCUUGUAGAAGCGGAGCAAAUGGGCUUUCCAUCAAGAGAGGGUUGGACUGUGGUGCGAUACCAUCCAUGAGGACUGGCGUUUGGAUGCAAUUGGACAUGGAGAUGGAGAUAAGGGGUGUGGCUCGAGCAUGGAGGUGUCUUUUUGGAUGCAUUGAUUUAUUUGUAUUGAUCCAUGUCUGUCGAAUCAGGUAUCCUUCCAGUGACUUUUUGGGUACGUGGAGUAGCGUAUAGGUGGAUGGGUAUAAUACUAAGUAGGACACUCACAGGGAGAGAAGCCAUGAUUACCGAGUUUUUACUUAUGGUGACAGUGUGCAGCUCUUCACAACACAGCACAACUCUUUGUAUACACAUAUAUCGAGGUAGUAUAGUA